AUGGUACAUCGACGAAAGAGUCUCUCUCCAAGAAAGGAAGGAGCCUUCUUGAGAAACCCGCUUCAUGAUGAGAAAUCAUCUUUAUUGGGAAUUCCAAAUCCGUUUUCCAAUCGUGAUCCUCCGAUAUUAAAACCAUGGACCGAAUUAGGUGAGUUCUGCAGGAACAGGGCAACACUUCCUACACCUUCCCCCCCACCAAACUACGCCGUGAAAAUUUCUUCGAGAAAGAGGCACAGGCUGAUGUUGUGGCGUCGGUCUUACGACGUCUUGAUAGAGAUAUGGCAACAGGAGGAUAAUCAUUUCAUCGAGACGGGAUAUCGAGCGGCAUCUAACUCUCUUCGAGAAUGUUUUGCAAGUUGGGGAUAUCUCCACAAUGAGACUAUUAAUAUUUGGUCUCAUUUAAUUGGGGCAGCGUUGUUCGUGGCUCUACCGGUCUACCUGUACAAGGCUGAGAUACCACCUAGAUAUGCCGUGGCUACCAAGGAAGAUAUCGUGGUUUGUGGGAUAUACUUCUUGGGAGUGGCGAUAUGCUUUUGCUUGUCGGCGUUGUAUCAUACCGUAAUGAACCAUAGCCAACAAAUGGACACAUUUGGAGCUCAGCUGGAUUUCCAAGGAGUUAUUCUUCUGAUGUGGGGAGCAACUAUUCCUCUUGUAUACUAUGGUUUUUAUUGCGAUACUGCAAUUCAUAGAUACUCUUAUUGGGCUCUGUUAUCACUCCUAGCAGUCGCUUGCUCAGGAUCUACUUUUCAACCUCAUUUUCGAGAUCCAUUUCUUCGACCUGUACGAGCCGCCACCUUUGGCAGCUUAGCCGUGGUCACAAUGGUGCCUGUCGUCCAUGGUGCGACUGUAUACGGCUGGCAAGUACAAAAUCAACGGAUGGGAAUCACCUGGGUUUUGAUCACGCUGAUGUUGAAUGUACUCGGUGCAACAGCAUAUGCCAUCAAGUUCCCCGAACGUUGGUUCAAUAAAACGUUCGAUCUUUUUGGAGCUUCUCACCAACUCUUCCACAUGAUGGUGGUACUUGCAGCUCUCGUGUACAGCAAAGCCAUUUUACAAGCAUUCGACUUUGCCCAUGCAUACGACCACACAUGCAACCGAUGA